GACAGCUACCACUCUUCACGAGCACAUUCAUCACCAUCAUCUUCAACAUGACAGGAAAAAUGACACCUAUCAAAAACUUCAUAGCCAGAUUCUCCGACUUCAAGAACAACAAAAAACUCAUACUCCUCUCCGCCGCAACCGCCUUGCUCCUCCUCGUCGCCGUAGCCGGAAUAUCCGCCGGAGCCUCCGCUAAAGCCAACUCGAAACCCACCAGGACUUUGUCUCCGGCGUCCCACUCCGUCCUGAGGUCAGCUUGUAGCUCGACCAUCUACCGAGAUCUCUGUGUCUCCGCCGUCUCCACUGCUGCAGCAGUGACAGGACAAGAGCUAACGUCGCAGAGAGACGUGAUCGAGGCGUCACUGAACAUAACCAAGAUCGCAGUGGAACACAACUACUUCACCGUCAAGAAACUGUUAAAGAAUAGGAAAGGUUUAACGGAACGCGAGAAAACGGCGUUACACGACUGUCUGGAGACGAUCGACGAGACAUUGGAUGAGAUUCAUGAAGCGGUGGAGGAUCUCAACGGAUACCCUAACGAGAAGAAAUCUCUCCGACAGCACGCAGAUGAUCUCAAAACCCUAAUCAGCUCCGCCAUUACCAACCAAGAGACCUGUCUCGAUGGCUUCUCUCACGACAAAGCCGACAAGAAAGUCCGCAAGGCCUUGGAGAAAGGCCAGGUACACGUAGAGCACAUGUGCAGCAACGCACUAGCGAUGAUCAAGAACAUGACCGACACCGACAUCGCCAGCUUCGAGCUCAAGUCCAACAACCACCACCGCAAGCUCAUGGAGGAGACGGUGGCGGCGGCGGCGGUUGUCUCCGGCGAUGGGUGGCCGGAGUGGAUAUCCGCCGGCGACAGGAGGUUGCUACAGGCGACGACGGUGAAGGCCGACGCCACGGUGAAUGUCGUUGACGGAAGCACCACUUUCCACUCCGCAACUGUUGCCGUGGUGGGAGAAAGGUUCUUGGCUCGAGACAUAACGUUCGAGAACACGGCCGGACCGUCCAAGCACCAGGCCGUGGCGCUACGAGUUGGCUCGGACUUCUCCGCCUUCUACCAAUGCGACGUGCUAGCCUACCAAGACUCUCUCUACGUCCAUUCUAACCGUCAGUUCUUCGUGAAGUGCAUCAUCGCCGGCACCGUAGACUUCAUCUUCGGAAACGCAGCCGUCGUCUUACAAGACUGCGACAUCCACGCCAGGAGACCCAACUCCGGUCAGAAAAACAUGGUCACUGCCCAAGGUCGGACCGACCCGAACCAGAACACAGGGAUAGUGAUACAGAAAUGUCGGAUCGGCGCCACGUCAGAUCUCCAGGCUGUGAAGGGGAGCUUUCCGACGUAUCUUGGCCGUCCAUGGAAGGAAUACUCACGGACGGUCGUGAUGCAGUCCGAGAUCUCGGACGUGAUUCGACCGGAAGGUUGGCAUGAGUGGAACGGUAACUUCGCCUUGGACACUUUGACGUAUGGAGAGUACGCGAACACAGGAGCAGGGGCAGGGACCGCAAAUAGGGUGACUUGGAAGGGCUUUAAGGUCAUUACAAGUGCCACCGAGGCUCAGGAGUUUACGGCCGGCCAGUUUAUUGGUGGUGGAAGCUGGUUGUCGUCGACUGGUUUCCCUUUCUCCCUCGGUCUUUGAGUGGAAAUAAGAACGACUUAAUUUUGGUUAAUUUGCUGUUAAAAUGUUUAAUUAUGCGUUAAUUGAAGGUUUGAGAGAUGUGAGGUUGUUGACGAUUAGGCCUAUGCAUUGUUAGCUAGGCCAAAAAAAAUUAAAUAAGUAAAUAUCAACGCUCCAAAUCUUUAAAUUUUUAAUAAAGUUAUUAGUAAACAUGUUGU